CCUGGUUCUCACCGGAUGUAUUUACAACAUCCGUUUCCGGGUCAAAGGUGACUCUCCCCGCGAGAAGCGUUGGACGCUCCAAAAUUCCUCAGCGGUUCAGAACUCUGUGAAGACGCACAACAACAUCCAACUAGUAAGCAGUCAUCAAAGAUGUUGAGGAGAAAACCGACUCGUCUGGAGCUGAAGAUGGAUGACACUGAUGAGUUUGAGAGCAUCAAGAAGGAGCUUGAGGCCCGGAAGAGUCAGCGUGAAGAGGCGGAGUCGGGAGGUGGAGUAGGCGGGGCCACGGUCAUGGGUGUUGACGUCAUCGGGGCGGAAUCUUCACCCUCGGCGUUGUCUUCAACAGCCACAUCGAGGGCGGAGCUUAUCAACGAACGCAUCGGCUACAAGCCACACCCCAAACCUGCCACCCUGCCCACACUUUUUGGAAGUUUACAGUUUUAAUACGUUGCUGAAAUCUGAGUCAUUUUCAAAUCACACAACGUUUAAGUUUUAUUUAUGGCACUGAUGUUGUCAUCACUUAACACAGUUGUUCUUCUCUCAUUUUAUUUUCAUUAUAAAUGUAUCAAUAAGGUCUUAUAAAAGGCUUAGUCACAUGGAAGUAACGUAAAAAAAAGGUAUUUGGCAAUUAUGUACAGGCCAGCAGUGGUCCUGUGGAGACGUCACUAUAACAAAGCUCCAUCUUCUACAACAUCGAGGCGUGUGCUUGGUGAAUUUGGACUGACGACUGUCAAGAAAAUGCAACAUUUUUUUAAGUUAAAAGGAUGCAUGUUAUGUCUAUCAAGUGUUGAGUAAAAAUUAAAAAAAAAAAAACUUUUUUUACAAUAAAUAAAUAACGAGUCAA